AUGUUCAUCACAGCGCUAGGGCAGCCAAUCACGCUCCUUUUCAGUUUACUCGGCAGUACCACAGCCCAAGGAUUCCGUUCUCCCUUCACUGCUUCAUCCCUCUCGAACCCGUUAGGAUCCAGGUUCUCGACACCUAACGGGGAUUUCCAAGGAGCGUCUCCUUUCAAUCGCUUUCCACAGAGCGCAGCUCAUCCUCGGUACCCCUCCUUCCCUCAGGCUGGUCUUGGUCAACCGGGCCAGAAUGCUUUUACACCUGCCAUGGGCCAACAGCGCGGCUCUCAACCCGGCAUGAGCGCGCAACCCGGCAUGAACGCGCAACCCGGCAUGAAUGCGCAACCCGGCAUGAAUCCGCAAUACGGCGCUGGAACCGGCCCUUACGCGAAUCCGCAGUACGGCUCUCAAACCGGCCGGCCCGCGACCGCCGGUGGCUCAGGAUCCACAUUUCCCUUGCGGUUUUCUUCGCAAGCUGCACAACAGUACUAUGUGGAUGGAAGUAAACUACCAUUUGUCGAGUUCGCCGCUGGUCCCAGCUAUGCAGGUUUGAUGCCCUUAUCUUCAGAUCCAAAUGAGAAGCGCAAAUUUUUCUUUUGGUUUUGGCCUGCAGCUCAGCGCGUCGGGGCCAAUGACUUGACAUUUUGGACCAACGGCGGUCCAGGCUGUAGCUCUCUUGAAUCGAUGCUACAAGAAACCGGCCCUAUCGAAUGGAGAUUUGGGCAAGCUCGUCCGACACCAAAUCCAUACUCUUGGACCAAUGCCACUUCAAUGAUAUAUGUGGAACAUCCUAUUGGCACAGGGUAUUCAGUUGGUAAACCGACAGCAACCAAUCAGACCGACGUGUCACGAGACUUGUUCAACUUUUUCAACCAAUUCCUUCAGGUAUUUCCAGAGAUGGGCGGCAAGAAUCUUUGGCUUAGCGGAGAAUCUUACGCUGGAUAUUACGUCCCCUACCUGGCUGAUUACAUUUACGCCUACCAGUCGCGCUUGAACUUGAAGCUUCAGGGCAUGUACCUAGUGAACCCGUCCUUGUCGUGGGUAGUGAUGCAAGAACAAAUCCCCAUCGUCCCAUUCGUCAAGCGAUACGAACACGUGUUUGCUUUAAACAAAACCUUUACGGCAACUAUCAACCGUCUGCAUCAAGAAUGUGGAUAUGCCGACUACCUUGCUAAGUACGAAGUGUAUCCGCCUCCCCGAGGUCCGUUUGCUGAUCCUAGGGUCGGAUCCUUCAAUGAAGGCCAACAAUCGAACAUGAGCUGUGAUACAUUUAGCAUGGUUUACGAAGCAGCUAAGCUGGCUAACCCAGGCAAUAAGUUCUUUGUAGUUUCCCUGGCAUAUUUACACCCCAGCAAGUUGUUCAUGAAGAGACUAUUUAACAGUCAGGUUCUCGAUAUUCCACCCGCAUUCUGGGAUGUCCUUGACGCGCCUCAGCGGUGGCCGGGGAUGCAAGGUGACGCAGUGUACUUCAACAGGGAUGACGUCAAACAAGCGUUGCAUGUGCCGACCAAUGGAAAGUGGGUCGAGUGCACACACGGAGUAUUCCCCAAUGGAGACCAAUCCCUCCCUCCAGUUUUUACUGUGUUACCCAGUGUCAUUGACAGAAACAAAAGAUCCGUAAUUGCUUCCGGACUAACCGACAUGGUGAUAAUCAACCAAGGAACUAAACUGGUCCUGCAAAACUUGACAUGGGGCCAUGAUCAAGGAUUCCGCAAGCCAAUUAACACAGACUUCAUCAUUGCAGGCCAAGGUGCUACCGGACGCUUCGCUACCGAACGCGGCCUGACCUUUGUCGAGCUCGAGAAAGCCGGCCAUAUGGUUCCGCAAUACCAAUCACGAGGAGCCUUCCAAAUCCUACAAUUUCUUUUAGGGCAAGUUGCUUCCCCUUCUGCAAGCUGGCCAUCCACCUAA